AGAGCGGAAUAGCCAGAGAGCAGCAUUUUGGUUUGUGAAUGAGGGUCAUAAGCAUCAUAAGUCCUUUUUGUGUCCUUGGAGGUCGAGUAACUCAAAGAAUGCGCGAAGUGAAAUCAUGUUAGUAAUAUUCCGAAAAAAACACUAGUAUAACAUAAAUCAGUAAACAUAUAUUUUCAUGUAAAAAUGCAAACUUUUAUGUUAUAUCAAUGGUUAUACUAGUGAUUUUCCCGCUUUUAUGUUUUCCUCUGGUCAUUCUACGAAUCUCUCCGGGCUUUUCCGGCGCGUUUUAUUGGCGUGAAUCACGAGAUCACGACCACGAACGAGGUCAUGUAUGACACAACGAAUGAGUAUUGAAAAAUAUUAAAAGAAAACGCAUAAAAUAUGGAUGAAAAACCUCAUCUUCGUUUUAAUCCGUUGAAAGACGAGUGGGUUGUUGUAUCGCCUCAUCGAACAAAACGUCCAUGGAAAGGACAAGUUGAAAAAACUGAAGAAACGACCAUACCAAGAAGAGAUUUAAAUAAUCCUCUUGUACCAUCUGCAAUUCGAGCAAGUGGGGUAAAGAAUCCUGAAUACAGCAGCGUUUACGUAUUCAAAAACGACUUUCCAGCUUUGCUAGAGGAAAAUGAAGAUGAUGCAAGUAUUUUUAAAGAUGAAGGUGAAUUAUUUCAAAGUGCACCUGCCCAUGGUACUUGUAAGGUGUUGUGUUUUCAUCCAUGGUCAGAUAUGAUAUUACCCCUUAUGGAAACAAGCGAUGUAGUCAAAGUUGUACAAGAAUGGAUAAAGCAGUAUAUUGAAUUGUCCAAGAAAUAUUGUUGGGUACAGAUUUUCGAAAACCGUGGAGAAAUAAUGGGUUGUUCAAAUCCACAUCCUCACUGCCAAAUCUGGGCGAGUUCUUUUCUUCCCAAUGAACCAUCAGUUAAAGAUAAAACACAACAAGCAUAUUUCUUGAAACAUGGAACUCCAUUGUUGAUGGAUUAUCUGAAGCAAGAGAUUAAAAAGAAAGAACGCAUUGUAAUUGAGAACAACCAUUGGCUAGCAGUUGUACCAUACUGGGCAGUAUGGCCAUAUGAAACCUUGCUAUUACCAAAGAGACAUAUUUUACGCCUAUCUGAUUUAACAAAUGAUGAGCAAGUAUCUUUGGCAACCAUCAUGAAACUUCUUGUUACAAAGUAUGAUAAUUUAUUCCACUGUGUAUUCCCAUACUCCAUGGGUUGGCAUGGUGCCCCUACAUUAAUGGAUAAUGACGAUUGCUCCCAUUGGCAACUCCAUGCUCAUUACUAUCCACCUUUAUUACGGUCUUCAACAGUGAAAAAGUUUUUGGUUGGUUAUGAAAUGUUGGCAUCACCUCAACGAGAUCUUACUGCUGAACAUGCAGCUCAGAAACUAAGAGAACUUCCUGAUGUACAUUAUAAACUUGUGAUGAACAAAGAAUGAAGAUACAAUGUUUUUAAGUAUGUAAGGGCAAAAAGUAAAACAAAAAUUUUUCUAAUAAAAUAAUAUUUUUUAUUGAAAAGAACUUUUAAAAGUGAUAAUGGACUUGUUUUGUCUUAUGUCUUUGCAUUCUCAAUGUAUUGAAGUUUUGAGAUGCCCACUUUAUAGAUUGACAUUAUUAUUGCAUAACGAGUUGCUGCAAAUUUAUAAAUAUUCUUAAGUAUCUCACUCAACUUUUGGAUGAAAUACGCUUGCAGAAUUGUAUGCCACUUUACAACAGCAGGAAGUCUGUCUGUUUAUUGUAUCUUAUGAGCAAAUCUUUUUAAUAUUACAAAUUAUCAUUAUGUAAAGUGACAUCACUUUCUGUAUAAAUUGAAUAUCACAAUAUCUUGAGAAUGGAAGAAGCUAAACUGUUUUAGAUAGUUCACUGUCAUUUUAACUGUUCAAUAAAAAUGUAAUUACAUAAUUUGCAAAUUUUUUUAUUGAA